GCCUAGCACUUCCACCCCGUGUGGCGCGGAGAUCAUAUGAGCGACGCAGGAAAACGGAGCCCGUUUUUUAUGUGUCCUCUGCCUGGAUGGGACAUUGGCAGUGGUUGCGCCAAAGUGCGUGGCUCUUCUGUCCGUCUUGCUCCUUGUCUUCGCCAAUGUUACCUCUUAUGUUAUCAUGAGCGACCCGUUCAGGUUGGCGCACGGAGUCCGCUUGACAGAGCCAGCUCCGACGGAGCAGUUCCCAGCGGCAUCUACCGCAGUAGCAGGCACGACCGCUGAACGACUGGCGAGCAGCGGUACUGUCAAUGAGGGGCUGGGCGCUACCAGGGCUGAAGCCAGCACCGGUACCAGCACCAGUACCAGCACCAGUACCAGCACCACGACCGGCACCACGACCAGCACCAGUGACAUGGCAUCCGACCAAGUCGUCGUCAACAUUGGAACAAGCCUGGAGAACAACAAGUGUGUAAACGCUACAUCAUCAGUCAGUUGUGACGUUGACGCUGCCCAGCACGGAUCAAGGCUCAACAGAGAUUUGCCUAGAUCGACAGACGAAUUCCAUGUGUUUGCGUACGGCAGUCGAGUUUGCGUGAAACGUAUCGGCGACGUCGUGAGUGGAUGGUGUAUGAAUUUAACGAUCAGGUGUACGAGGUCGGCUGCGGCAGUCACCAGCCCGAUCACAAAUCACAUACCGCGCCGACAUGUGCAGGCGUGGCUUGAAGAGAUGUAUCCUAAACCAGAGCCGCAACUGCUUCACGCGAGGCUAUCGUAUCAGAACGCGUCGGCUUUUCGGGACAAGCCGUUGGUAUCCAUAGCGGCUAUGUGCGAUUGGCUGUUUAUACAGAACAUGGCUGGCCCGCGCUUCCCCCUGCAAAUCGUGAGGCUCCGCUCGCCCCCAAGGACUGUUUUCUUGGACUUGAGGUUGGACUUGAAAAUGAUGAUCCGCUUACUCAAUUACGAGGUGUUUCCCUACAUCGAUAAGCCGGUCGUGGUCCUCACCACGUCGCAAGACAGGACAAUUCCACAGCAGCGCGACUGCAGAUUUGAGAAUCGCACGCGUGAAGAGUUGCAGACUUUUGCCAGGCUGCUGAACAAUUCUCUGAUCGAGCGGUGGGUGACAGAGAAUUUCGACGAUUCUAGAUUCCACAAAAAGCUCGCUGGGAUUCCGACUGGAUUCUACACGCCCAACUGCGAGAUUGCAGGACAAGCAAAUCAGGAUUGCAGUCAGGAGUGGUGGUCGGUAAUCAAGGCUGGAUGGCUGGUGCCUCUGUCGCAAAGGCCGCUCACUCUGAGCUGCAAUGGCAGGCAUCAUAAGGAAGCCGCCGGGGGCCAGUUCACCGACAGGGUCAACGCGCUCAAAAACUGCAGGCCAGGCGGCCCAUGGGGAGACUUCUCUGAGCUUCGAGGCGAGAUGUUUAGCAAUCAGUUUGCUGCUUGGUGGCAGAAUCACUCUUUCGUCCUUUGCCCUCACGGCGGUGGCCUUGACCCCAGCCCAAGGGCUUUCAUGGCCAUCGCCUCUGGUGCUAUCCCAAUCGUGCAGAGUACGCCUGGUCUGGACACGGUCUACUCUCAGCUCCCUGUGGCGUUUGUGCGUGAUUGGAAGCCAGCGUCCAUCUCCGUCAAGAAGCUGCAGCGCUGGCGGGAUCAUCUGGCGCCCCAGUAUGAAGAUCCCGAGCUGGUGGCGAAGGUGAUCGCCAGACUCACAAUGAAGUAUUGGUGGGAGGGGACAGUCAAUCGCACAGUCAGGAUGACGAGCAAGACGAAGAGGAAUAGUAAUAUAACGACGACGAAGGCCGCCGCGCAGACAGCAGUGGGCAUCCAAAGGGCUCCCAUGCAGGAGGGUGCCGCGCAGACCGCGGUGGGCAUCCAGAGGGCUCCCAUGCAGCAAGAGGUCGCCGCUCAGACAGCAGUGGGCAUCCAGAGGGCUCCCACUCAGAAAGAGGGUGACGAGCGAACAGCAGUGGGCAGCGAGCACAUCCCUACGCAGGAAGAGAGCGCCGCGGAGAUAGAAGCGGGCAUCCAGAGGGCAGCGGGGCAGAAGGCUGGCUCCAGGCGGAGAAGCUCGCAGGAGACAACCAGGCCGCGCACAAAGCAGGCUGGGAGCGCUGCGCAAGCAGCACCGGGCAGCCCGAGGGGCGCGAGGGAGCUGAUCGAGCGAGGCUCCCGACAGCAGAGGAAGCAGGACGGCAAGCAGAGGAGCCGGCAGGAGAUCGCCAGGCAGCGGAAGGACAUCAGGGUCGCGAGAAGAAGGGCAGAGGAAGCGGCUCGCGCACUCGCGCAGGGGACUUGAAGGAGCAGCAGGGUAAGGAUGGGCAAAUGUUCCGCCACCACUACCACAUGUAGGAAAGGGGGAGACAGGAGGAUGAGGAGGUCCUCCUCCUCCUCCUCCUCCUC